AUGGAUCUCUUCGAAUGGAGAAGUCAGUCAUACCUUCUUGUAAUCGAUUACUAUUCUCGAUUCAUCGAGGUUGCACCUCUUUCGAGCACAACUUCAGCUAGCACUAUCGGUCACCUGAAGGCUAUAUUCGCUCGUUUUGACAUUCCUGAGACUGUUAUUUCCGAUAAUGGACCGCAGUUUUCAUCUCGUAGUUUUCGCGAAUUUGCCAGAGAAUAUCAAUUUACUCAUAUCACAUCUAGCCCAAUGUUCGCGCAGGCUAAUGGCGAGGCCAAACGUGGCGUCAAGACAAUCAAGUCGCUGUUAGAAAAGACAAACGAUCUCUACACGGUAUUGUUAGCAUAUCGAUCUACCCCGCUACGGAAUGGUUAUAGUCCAGGCGAGCUCUUAAUGAGUCGAAAAUUGCGCACUACAAUUCCUAUCACUUCAGACCAACUACCACCAAAAGUACCAGAUAUAUUCACUCUGAAGAAAAGAGAAGAGACACUGAAGAACCGUACGAAGGAAAAUUUUGAUCGGCGUCACCGCGUUGUACCCCUUUCUAUACUACCUCCUGGAACGAGAGUUUGGGUUCCCAACCAGCAUCGGUAUGGGACUGUCGUUUCAACAGCCAAUCCACGGCCUUACGUGAUUCAGACACCAACCCGACAAAUAAGAAGAAACAGAAGAAGCGUGAAUCCACUACCUUUUCAGACAGAAACUCAGUCGUCUUUGACCCUGCUGGACAGACCUCAAGAAGUACCGACACAGGAAACUCCUUCAGCGAACGACCAAACACUACUUGGAGGAGAAGAACUACGACGAUCAGACUUGCAAGCUAGUCGAGAGACCGCUAGUGAUUCUGCACCUCGUGAGUGUAAUUUUGUUACACGUUCUGAUAGAGUAAGCAGUAGCGCUUAUAUACGGGUUAGUAUGUUGUUGCAAAGCGCAUGCUCUGUGACUGUUGUGUUGUGUUGA